AUGCCACUUGGUAUGUCUCUGAUCUCAACUCUGCUCGUCUUCCUCCUGGUCACCACCUCAUGCUCCCUCGCUGUCCGCACUUAUCCCCGCUUCUCCAGAAAUGAUACUUCCUUUGAGCACCUGGUCCUGCACCCAGACCCCUCUGUGGGCACAGUCUACGUGGGGGCCAGGGACCACCUCUUCCAACUGGACGGGCUGGACGGCCUACGUCUGGAGCAGGAGGAGGGGACCGGCCCAGUGACUGAUAGUAAGGAGUGUCUUCCCCCUGUCACCGAGGCCAACUGUCCCCAGGCCCGGCGCACCUCCAACCACAACAAGCUGCUCCUGGUGGACCCCUCAGCCAUGGAGCUCAUCACCUGUGGUAACGUCCACCAGGGCACCUGCCAGAAGCGCAGCCUUGCCUCUGUGAAGGAGGUGCUGUUCUCCACAGAGAGGCCGGUGGACACCCAGUACGUGGCGGCCAACGACCCGGGGGUGUCCACGGUGGGGCUGGUGGUUGGGCCCCGAGGCGGGGAGCGGGCCGUGCUCUACGUGGGCCGUGGUUACACAAGCAGCCAUCCGCCCAUCUCCACACGGCAUCUGGCCCAUGAGCCUGUGUUCUCAUACGACGAGACUGCCAAGCUGGCCGUGGCGGGAAGGCUCUCGGAGUACGACCACCAUUUUGUAGCUGCCUUCGCUCGCCGUGGGCAUGUGUACUUCUUGUUCUAUCGCCGUGACAUUAAGGCUGUGUCGCGGGAAUACCGUACGUAUGCUGCCCGUGUGUGUCUGGAUGACACCUCCUACUACUCCUAUGUAGAGGUACCCCUGGUGUGUCACUCCUCCUAUACCUCCUCCCCAGAGAGGAACUACAACCUCCUGCAGGCGGCCCAGGUGGGUCAGGGGGGCGGCAGAGAAGGGGAGGCUCUGCUCGGGGUCUUCUCCACCCGGGCCAGCUUCUCCAACGGGCCCUCAGACGACUCGGCUCUGUGUGUGUACCCCCUGGACGAGCUGGACAGACACAUCGAUUCCACACGAGACAUGUGUUACACGCUGGAUGGCCGGGUGGAGGGAGGAGGGGAGGUGGCCUACAUCGAGUACGAGGUCAAGUCCAGCUGUGCCAACUUACCCACGGUAAGGUAUUCAGGGGAGCAGAUGUUGUAAACCUUUCACAUGAUUCCUCUGUUUCAUCAGAAUGAAAGAAAUGUCAAUGUAGUUCUCCACUGCUCAAUGCUAUGCAUUUGCCUUGUUUUUCCUAAGGUCAGGGUACUACCAAUGGAAUGCCUUAUAAUCUAGUUCAAUCCCACUUGUUCUCUACCUUGGCCGAUGUAAUGCUUAUUGGACUAGAUCCAUGCUUAAAGCAGAACAGCCGUAGAGAGAGGAAGGCCAAUGAUUCAUGAAGAGCCUUAACGAGCCCUGUGUCAAACAGCCAAGAGAUCCCUGAUGCCUGGGAGUGAAGUAGCCACGCAGGCUUAUGAACCCGGGAUGACCCCCAGCCUCCAGUCUGGGCCCGGAGCCCGGAGCUCAUCAAGCCUGCUUGCCCUGUAGCCCGGGGCAUUUUAAUAAAACAAACUGUCCCGACUCAGCUAUCGGACUGUUAAAUGAAGGCUGACAAGGAUGGGGAGGAGCGCUUUGAAGUCCAACGAGACGGACAGAUGGAUUGGAACAGAAAGUUAAUUUGGUAAACAAUGCGCUUUAAAGGAAACAAGCCCUGGAACAAAAUACAUCCCAAUUUACUGGAGUUGAGCUGAAUACUUAUUGGUAGGGAUUUAAGGGUGUUACCAAAAUCAAAGGAGCAAGAUUGCAACCUUGGUAUGCUUCCAAUCUAAUCUAAUAUUAAUCCUCUUAUAAAAACUAAGAGGAUUGGUUAGACUGUGAGUCAAUGGUGUGAAAGGAAUAUUUCUGAAUGGAAGUAAUACUGUUGAAUGACUAACCAGGUUCCAGUGAUAAUGUGAACGGAACAUUCUCUGAGAGAAGUGUAUUGUUUGUUCUCUGUGUUCCAGAACACCCUGAAGGCUUAUCCCUGUGGCUCUGACCACACCCCCAGUCCAAUGGCCAGCAGGGUACCCAUAGAAGCUGAGGCGGUAUUGGACAGCCCGUCCGCCCGUCUCACUGCUGUGGCUGUCAGUGUGAGGGCAGGGCACACAAUUGCCUUUUUAGGAGACUCUAAAGGGAAUUUGCACAAGGUAUGCCAAGUUACAGUAGGUCAUGAUGCAUGUUUCAGUUAAUACAUGAGAUUUAGAUCAAGAUAGCAGUGUUUCAGACAUACUUCUACUCAAAUGGAGCUGGACAUCGUCUAAAAGCGUUGUUAAAGCCAUAGCCAGGGCCAGGGGGAGGUGGGGGAGCCCUCCUCAGCCCUCCUCUCCUCAGCCCUCCUCCCCUCAGCCUUCCUCAGCCCUCCACCCUCAGCCCUCCUCCUUCAGCCCUCCUCUCCUCAGCCCUCCUCCACAGCCCUCCUCCUUCAGCCCUCCUCUCCUCAGCCCUCCUCCUUCAGCCCUCCUCUCCUCAGCCCUCCUCCUUCAGCCCUCCUCUCCUCAGCCCCCUCCUCUCCUCAGCCCUCCUCCUUCAGCCCUCCCUCCUUCAGCCCUCCCUACUCUCUCACGCCCCCUCUCCUUCAGCCCUCCUCCUUCAGGCCCUCCUUCUCCUCAGCCCUCCUCCCUUCAAGCCCUCCUCCUUUUCAGCCCUCCUCUCCUCAGCCCUGCCUUCCUUCAAGCCCUCCUCCUUCACCUUCAGCCCCUCCCUCUCCCAGCCCUUAUCUCCUUCCAAGCCCUCAUCCUUCAGCACAUUCCUCUCCUCAAGCCACUCCUUCCUUCAGCCCUCCUCCUUCAAGCCCUCUCCUCUUCCUUCAGCCCUCCUCCUUCAGCCCUCCUCUCCUCAGCCCUCCUCCUUCAGCCCUCCUCCUUCAGCCCUCCUCUCCUCAGCCCUCCUCCUCAGCCCUCCUCCUUCCAGGCCCUCCUAUCCUCAGCUCAUCCUCAGCCCCUCCUCCUUCAGCCCUCCUCUCCUCAGCCCUCCUCCUUCAGCCCUCCUCUCCUCAGCCCCAGACAGAACAGGACAGAGGGCUUUGAGUCCCUCAGCAUAUAGCCCACUGAAGUUACCCAUUUUAAAGGGAAUAUCUCAUCGCUGUACACCAAAUUCCACAACCAGCAUUCAGACACACACACAUGUGCAAAUGCAUGUGUGAACACACAUGCACACACACACACACACAUAUACACACACACACACAAUGUGGGUACCACCUGCAGGUUUCUAAACCAUUGUGUCAGCUCGCUAAGAUGUUCUGAGAGUCCACUUGACAAACCAAAGAGAUUCCUACUUACAGCACUGUGAUCACUGGAGGUUAAUGGAGGCCAUCAUCAAAUCUAUGCUAAUCUCAUUAAACUCAGGUAACUUGAGAGUUUGAGGGCUUAUGAUUCACUUAGGAAAAGGUGUCUUGGUAUCCUCCAGAUUAGAUUUACUGACUGACAAUCAAAUUAACUGUUCUCUUUACAAUAGAAUCCUGCAGACAGUACAAAUGCACCUUUAAUUUGCUUUUAGCCACAUAUUCUAGCCAAAAAUGUGACUUUUGUUUUUCAGUUGCCUUUCAGUCGGUCACUCUGUAUAACAUACUAUGGGGAGUCAACGACCAAUUCUAAUCACCUGAAGCAAACGGAUAUCACGGCCAACGGGCCAAUGGAUGCCGAGCCCGCCCUCGAAAGCCCCGUCUGGGGUCGUGAGAGAAACUCUGAAAUAAAAUAUAUAAAAUCGCACUUGGUUAAUAGAACAGGGGUUAUUGAAGUACUGUCAGACUGAUUUGUAAUAGACUGUCACAGUCUCAAUUAAAAAAGUAAACAUUGGCUGUGGAUUACAUAACUAUAAUUUUUUUACAUGUUGGGGUUGCAAAAUGUUUGUUUGACAUCAAAAUGGGGUCGUGACUCGUGAGCCAAAUAUGUUUGGGAACCUCUGCCCUAGAUGUUGCCAGUUUUGGGCCUUGGUAUCGGUUUUUGUGUUUGUGAAAAACCCACUACUUUCUGCUCUGCUUGUGUAGCCAAUGCUUCCUUGCUUGACUAAGAUGGCCAGUGGUAAGAGUAAGUUCAAAAAGGCUAACCAGCCGAGUUUGAACCUCCGACCGUGCCCUAGGUGGUUUUCACAAAGAAAAUUAAAGAUACUCACGAGUGCUGUCCUAUUUCCUGGGGUGGAAACACGCUCAGGAGGCCUUGGCUCAGACCAGUUCGUGUGACCAUUGUCUCCGGCUGGGUUCAACUUCCAUUGGGAGUCGGGCUGCCUUUGUGAAGAAGAUUGGUGGUUAGAGUGGAGUUCAGCCGAGUGAGGCUCAUUCCGGUUUCUCUGGCAGUGUUCAGAGUCAGGACUCCUGGGAUGAUUUACUAUCCUACAUCAACAUACAAGGAGGGACGCAGUCUCUCUCUCUCUCUCCUAAACCUGGCCUGUUGUCUGCUCAUAUGGAGCAGUGCGCAUUUCCUGUCGCUCAGGGCGACGUAUCUUCCCAGAUCUUUCAACGUGGGUGAAGAUCUACUUUCUAGGGGGGGUCCUAUCUCUAUGGAGUGGAGAGUGCACCCCUUGGUGGUGGACCAGAUAUGGGACCGGUUCGUCAGAGCCAACGUAGAUCUUAUGCAGCGCAAGAAUACGCAUUGUCAUCUGUUCUUCUCAAUAAGGGAUCUGGGCGCUCCAUUGGGAACGGCCCCGUACCCUGCUCUAUGUGUUUUUCUGGUGGACCUGAUUCAGGCCAUCGAGGAUAGGGUCCAUCAGGAGGGUGUGUUGUUGAUUUUGGUGGCUCCCCGUUGUCCAGACAACCCUGGUUCCCAGAGAUAAUCCGCCUGUUGGGCUGGGUCAUCGGUAUCUAUUGUCCCAGGCGCACGGAAGAAUUUGGCACCCACGACCGCAGAUAUGGGAUCUGUGGGUUUGGACCCUGAAAGGUUGAAUUUGUCAGCUAGGGGUUUUCCCUCUAACGUGAUUAUGACUUAGAAAUGCUAAUUAAUUAAUGAGGAGAGACAAGGUCAAUCACCAAUCAGGAUAUUACUUUAUUCAAAAUGUAUUAAUAAGGGAGCAGGUCACACCACACACACAAAUGAAUAGAGUGAGUGCUCUGCAAUAAUGAGGCUGGUCGACCCCACACUCUUGAGUGUUGGGCCGAGAGCUCUGACAUACAGAGAUAAACAGAGGUCUUAUAUAGUAGACCAAUAAUGCUUAGUCAUGGCUGGUUCCACCACAACUGUCUCAAUGUGUCGAACCAACAGAUAUCUACUGGAUGAGGUGGCAAAUAUCAGAGUCCUCUGUGUUCUCAUGCGAUUACUAAGAACUGUUUGUUCUUAGAAUAGAGGAUAAGGAGAGACUUCGUUCGGAACAGAGAUACCUUGUAUCCGAACAUGCAAGUUUCAGAGUACAGAGGGUGGGGGUAAGAACACGAGAUGUGCACAGCCGUGGUGGAUUAGAUACAGAGAUAGAGUUAUGUUAUAACAGCAACUUACACAACCAGAGUAACAGGAUUGUACACACCUAUAAUUUAUAUUAACCUUGAAGUAAUGCUAAUACUAUUUUUUCUCUCACAGACUGCAUAGUUGGCGCGUUCACCCUCUAUGAGAGGAUCGCAUACAUACUGUAUAAGUGACGCACAUUUGAGGGUUGGUGUCAGGUUAAAGGAGUUUCUCCUUUUUCAGAGCUCUUUUGGUGGACAUUUUGAUGUUCUUGCAAGAGCUUUUUGAGCAGGGCCUUUUUCCACAUUGAAGAUUUAUAUGGCAGCCAUCUCAGGAUUGACGGCUCUACCCCAGGGUCUCAUCCUCUGGUUGUGCGGUUCCACAUUGAGUGAGCCGCCGUUUGAACCAAAGGAGUCUGUGGACCUGAAGGUCCUUCCUACAAGACUGCCCUGCUCAUGGCCUUGGCGUCGGCCAAGCGCGUUGGGGAUUUCCAAGUGCUAUUAGUACACCCUUCCUGUUUGGAGUUUGCGCCUGGCGACUCCAAUGUGAGGUUACGUCCUAAUGCAGCUUUUGCUCCAAAGGUUAUACCUAUGUCUUACAGGUCCCUGGCUUUCAAGCUGUUCCCUAUCUCACCUCCUCUGUUUGCUUCCAGUGAACAACAGAGGUUGCAUGGCCUGUGUCAUAUGCACGCUUUACGCACGUAGAUAUGGAUAGGACCAAGGAUAUCCACAUUAAUGACCAGCUUUUUCCCUAAUCCAGCUCGGGGUAGGGCACUUUCUAAUUGGAUAGUGGAGGCUAUCUCCCUGGCGUGUGACAGCAAAGGGCAAGGGUAACCUAGCAGUGGGCGUGCUCACUCCACUAGGGGUGUGGCGGCUUCUUGGGCAUUGUUCGGGGGCAUGACGAUUGGUGAUAUCUGUGCUGCAGCGAUUUGGGCUUCCCCACAUACCUUUGUGAGGUUUUAUCGCUUGGACGUAUGUGCUCCCAGUGUGGCUCAUAGUGUUCUUAUGGCUGGGUCCAGGACGUGGUGUGUUAGGGAGUGGUGUGUUGGGAUGGGUCCAGGAGUGGGUUUAGGGAGUGUGGUCCAGGUGGGUUCCAGGAGUGGGUGUUAGCGAGUGGUUGUUGGGGAGUGGGUCCAGGAGUGGGUCCAGGGUGGGUUGUUUAGGGAGUGGGGUUGGGGAGUGGGUCCAGGAUGGGGUGUUAGGGAGUGGGUCCAGAGUUGGUCCAGAGUGGGUGUUGGGGAGUGGGUCCAGGAGUGGGUCCAGGAGUGGGUGUUGGGGAGUGGGUCCAGGAGUGGGUGUUAGGGAGUGGGUCCAGGAGUGGGUCCAGGAGUGGGUGUUAGGGAGUGGGUGUUGGGGAGUGGGUCCAGGAGUGGGUCCAGGAGUGGGUGUUAGGGAGUGGGUCCAGGAGUGGGUUCCAGGCUGGGUGUUAGGAGCUGGGUGUGGGGAGUGGGUCCAGGAGUGGGUCCAGGAGUGGGUGUUAGGCACAGUGCAGGUUGCGCAUUUAUUCAGGUUACCACAGUUUCCCUUUGGGUUUGAGCCUUUGGCUGCCGCAGUUCGUCGAUAACGCGGCGUGCAAAUGCGCAUUAUCAAGUCACCGCAGGUGCCCUGUUGUUUUGGACUUGCGGUUCCUUGUGUGAGUUCUGGCAUUCCAGACUCCUCAGGUCUUGGUGUGAGCCUUUUUGGAACCGGUAGGGUCUAUGGACUUGGGCCACCGUGAUCGAUGUUAGGCAGCAUUUUGUCCGGGUUAUCACAGUUUCCCUGCGGGUUUAAGCCUUGGUCUGCCGUGGCAGCACGCGAGUAUACCGUUUCCAGGUUACUGCAGGUUUCCUGUGGGUUUGACCCUCAGGCUGCCGUGGUUCAUCGACUCUGGCCGAUGCUAUGCAGCGCGCGCGUGCGCUUUACCAAGUCACGACAGGUGUUUUGGACUUGAGGUUCCUUGUACGAGUUCUGACAUUUCAGGCUUGCAAGUUAAGUAUUGUUAUUGGGACCGUGUGGUCUUGGGACUUGGGCUGCAGUGGCAGCGUGUCAGUGCGCAUAGCCAAGUUGCAGUAGGUUCUGGUUCCCUAUAUUGGGCUCUGACAGUUUAGGCUUCUCUGGUAAAUAUUAGGCUUCUGUAACCCCUUUUUGGAGACGGUGGAACCUGUGUAUGCUUGGCCUGCCGUGGGCCCCCUAGUUUGGUACCCUCUGAGCCGGCUUGGGGGCGUGAUAGUAUGUCCCCAUAGUAUGUUAUACGACUGAAAGGGAACGUACAGUUAUGAAUAUAACUACGGUUCCCUGAAGGAGGGAACGAGGUAUAACAUAUUUUGGCCCCGCACCGUCAGGGGGUUUGCAAAUACAGUACAUAUAAAACGUACAGUACAGUACAGUACACACUCAGCACAUACAGUACAUAUAAAACGUACAGUACAGUAUAGUACACACUCAGCACAUACAGUACAUAUAAAACGUACAGUUGUGAAUAUAACUACUGUUCCCUGAAGGAGGGAACGAGGUAUAACAUACAAUGGGGAGUCCAACGACCAAUCCUAUUCACCUGAAGCAAACUUAAAUUACGCCCAACAGGCCAAUGGAUGCCGAGCUCGUCCUCGGAAGCCCCGCCUCUCUGGUUAUAAUACCACAGAAUAGCCGCAUGUGCACACUCCCUCAAAUCGUUUGGAGAAAAUAACCUUUCUAUUUUAUUCAGUUUUGUUCAAUUGUAUUCUUCAUACUAUAAAAUAAUAUAAAAUCAUGCCACGGGAAUUCUAAGCAAAUCAUGUCUGCUAAAUGAGCUAGUGUAGCCCACAGCCAUUUGGCAUAGCCAGAUCAGGACCUAACAUAAGGACAACUAUGCUAUUCUGUUCUUCUGAAAUAGACUACAUUUUCUUCAUAUCAUGCUUCUUUAGACCUGUCUAAAAUAAAUAAUGGAUUUAUUGUGAAGGUGUAGGCUAUAUUACAUGGAUUUAUUAGACUUUUUAAAAUGUAGAUGUUCCAAAGGUCUGCAUCAGUGGCUUGUAGGCUAUGUGUGGAAGCCAGGGCAGCACUUAUCCCUAAUUGCUCAUGUAAGUCGCUCUGGAUAAGAGUGUCUGCUAAAUGACUCAAAUGUCAAUAUAAUGCUAAAUGUGUUUAUGUUAACUACAAUUCAAUUACAGUGAGACCGACAGUUAUUUGCUUGACAAUCACUGGCUGACGAAAUUUCGUGACUGCCACAGCCCUACUUGGAAAUGAUUGAUAGUUUACGACAGUAACCUUAUGCUUCCCUCCAGGUGUUCCUAGGCUCUGGAGGUAGGGUGGAGAAGUACUCCUCCAUGAUCAUCCAGCCCAACUCACCCAUCAGCAGCGACCUUCUCCUGGACCAGACGGAGUCCCACAUCUACAUCAUGACCAGCACAAUGGUUAGUCUGAGUGGACACCACACAGCAAAACACAGCUCAAACACAUCAUCACUAGCUAGUUGACUCUCCUAAUAUAGAGCAGGGAUCAUCAACUACAUUCAGCCACAGGCCGUUUUUUUUUCUUGAGCUGAUGGUUGGGGGGCGGAAUGCAGUGAAGUCAAUCAAGGGUAGGUACAGAUGUGUUUUUGCAUUUUGUCUGACCAGCCAUUGGCACACUCCCUUUUAGAUUAGAAGGCCUUCCCAUGAAAAGCAAGUACUAUAAAGUGUGUGUGUGUGUGUGUGUGGGGGGGGGGGGGGGGGGGGGGGGGUUAGGGGGAAUUUAUAAAUGAUAUAACACAAUUAUAGCACCUCUACAGCUUCAUUGUCCAUGUAUAGUACAGCUGUUCAUAAGAAAGGGAUGUGGGUAAUCUUUCAGGUGGAGAAGCGGCCGGUGGCAGAGUGUGAUCACCUGGACUGUCAGUCCUGUCUCUCAACCCGAGACCCUUACUGUGGCUGGUGUGUUCUGGAGGGCAGGUGAGGAAGCACCAACUCACUAUUCUAAUUCUAUACCACAGAGAGUCAAGUUAAUAAGAGCUUGAAAAUAUAGGAAGAGCAAAGGCAAAAUGUCAACAUUAACUUAUGAUCACCUUCCCAUUUCUUCCUCUCUUUGGACCUGUGUUCCACCCCUCACCCCCAUGUCCCCCUGUGAUGGCAGGUGUGGCCAGCGUUCCCAGUGCAGUCGGGGGGCUCUGCAGGGCCAAUGGCUGUGGAGCUUUGACCAGCAGCAGCAGUGUCUCAGUAUCCAAUCCUUGAGCCUGUAUAACAUCAGCCGUGGAGAGGAGACAGACGUAAGACAUGAGAAGUGCAAGAUACAGUGUUGUUUUGAGCUUGAAAUGAAAAAAAUAGAAUACCCUUUGACACCUGUUUGUCUGUCUGUCCCUCUUUCAAUUCAAUUUCAAUUUCAAUUCAAUUUCAAUUCAUUACUUUAUGCAUGACAGCUAGCACCGAUGCAGUACUUUAGACCAUUGGCGCCCACUCGGGAGUCCCCGACACAAAGUAUAUGAAAGCAGUGCUUUCCAUGCAGGUGUGGUUCCUAAGUGAAUUAAGCAAAUUAACAUCCCCAUCAUGCUUAGGUCGAUGUAUAAAAUACUGGGGGCAGGCCAUUAUUUUUGGCUAACCUGGUUAUGCCCCCUAGGAUGACAUGCCCCCAUCCACAGGGCACUCAGGGUCACUGAAUGGUUUGAUGAGCAUGAAAAUGAUGUAAACCAUAUGCCAUGGCUGCCUCAGCCACCAGAUCUCACCCAAUUCAACACUUUAUGGGAGUCUUAUUGAGCGCCCCCUGAGACAGCAAAGCGUUUUUCUGCAAGAGAUCUAGCACAUCAACAAAACACCAAAUGAAUGGAAUUUCUCCAUUUCCAGAAAUGACAAUGUGCAUAUUGAAGCUGUUCUGACUUGGUGGGUUGGCCAACACCCAUUAAGUUAAGACACUUAUGUUGGUGUUUCCUUUUAUUUUUUGGCAUUUACCUGUAGGUUUGACUCAAUAACACAUGAGGCACAUGGAAUGUAUGUUGUGAUGUUACUUUUCCAUUGACUACUUCAACCUCUUGGUGAUUUCUUUCUUUCCUCCAUCCCGUGUGGCCAAGGGGUGUGGAGGUUUACUGUCCAAGACGUUACCCACCCCCCCUGUUGCAGUGUCCUGAAGGUUACUGCCAAGAAGUAACAGACCUCUUAUCAUAAGAAAUUUAAAAACGAAGGGUCUGACUGAGACACCUAGUGUAUCGGAGCACUCCAGGACCACCGCUAGGGCCCUCCUCACCCUCUUAUCCCCAUCCUCAUGUCACUGGCUACAGUCCCAUACUGUGUCCUUCGUGAGGUGACGGGGGAGAGCUGGGGUUUUCAAGCUGUACUGGAGGACUCCCACUGCCAACUGGCCCAUUGCUACACUGGGGCCCAUUGAGAUUCACUGGCCCAUUGAUACACUGGGGUCUGAGGUGACGAGUGACAAUGUAGAGGGGCUGAUUGCCCUUUAUUAAAAUGUUUCACAAUUGCAGGUUCAUGAACAUAUCCAACCAAUUUAACUCCUGCUGUAUUAUUGUGUGAUAUAAUGGUAAUAAUAUUUUCAUGUUUUCUUUCUUUUCUCUACAGGUGGAGUGGUUCUUUGGUGGAUGAGGGGAGACUUGAUUUUAAUGUCAGAAACAACUGGUUAGACAUUGUAUAACAUAUAUAUUCUAUGUUUUGUAUAACAAACUUGAAAUGUUUGAGCAUUUUUUAACAACUGUUUUUAAAAACUGUUUUUAUUUUCUUGCAAGAAUAUUUCUAUGCACUUGGUAUGUCCUCUGAGCUAACUUCUUGCUCGUCUUCCUCCUGGUCACCAACCGUCAUGCUCCCUCGCUGUCCUCACUUCUCCCCGCGUCUCCAGAAAUGAUACUUCCUUUGAGCACUGGUUCCUGCCACCAGACCCCUCUGUGGCAACGUCUACGUGGGGCCAGGGACCCACCUCUUGUCCAACUGGUCGGCUGGCGGCCUACGUCUGGAGCAGGAGGAGGGGACCGGCCCGUGACUGAUAGUAAGGAUUGUCUUCCCCCUGUAAACCGAGGCCAACUGUCCACAAGGCCCGGCGCACCUCCAACCACAACAACUGCUCUGGUGGAACCCCCUCAGCCAUGGAGCUCAUCAACUGUGGUAACGGUCCACCAGGGCACCUGCCAAGAAGCGCAGCCUUGUCUGUGAAGGAGGGUGCUGUUCCCUCCACAGAGAGACCGGUGGACCCCCGUACGGGGCGGCCAACGACCCGGGGUGUCCACGGUGGGGCUGGUGUUUGGGCCCCCGAGGCGGGGAGCGGGCCGUGCUCUACUGGGCCCGUGGUUCACAAUCAGCCAUCCGCCCAUCUCCACCGGCAUCUGGCCCCUGAUCCUGUUGUUCUCAUACGACGAGACUGCCAAGCUUGGCCGUGGCGGGAAGGCUCUCGGAGUACGACACCAUUGUUGGUAGCUGCCUUCGCUCGCCGUGGGCAUGUGUACUCUUGUUCUAUCGCCGUGACAUUAAGGCUGUGUCUCGGGAAUACCUACGUAUGCGCCCGUGUGUGGUCUGGAUACACCUCCCUACUACUUCUAUGAGAGGUACCCUGUUGUCACUCCUCCAUACCUCUCCUCCCCAGAGGAGGAACUACAACCUUCCUGCAGGCGGCCCAGGUGGGCAGGGGGCGGCAGAGAAGGGGAUGGCUCUUGCUCGGGGUCUUCUCUCCACCCCGGGCCAGCUUCCUCCAACGGGCCCUCAGACGCACCUCGGCUCUGUGUGUGUACCCCCCGGAACGAGCUGGACAGACACAACAUCGAUUCCAUCCACACGAGACAUGUGUUACAACACGCUGGAUGGCCGGUGGAGGGAGGAGGGGAGGUGGCCUACAUCGAUACUAGGUUCAAGUCCAGCUGUGCCAACUUACCCACGGUUAAGUAUUCAUGGGAAGCAGAUGUUGUAAACCUUUCACAUGAUCAUCUGUUUCAUCAUAAUGAAAGAAAUGUCAAUGUUAUUUCUCCACUGCUCAUGCUAUGGCAUUUGCCUUGUUUUUCCUAAGGUCAGGUUUACUACAAUGAAUGCCUUAUAUCUAGUUCAUCCCACUCUGUUCUCUACCUGGCCGAUGUCAUGCUUAUUGGACUAAUCCUGCUUUAAAGCAAAGACAGCCGUAGAUAGAGGAAGGCCCAUGAUUCAUGAAGCGCGCUUAACGAGCCCUGUGUCAAACAGCCAAAGAGAUCCUGAUGCCUGGGAGUGAAGUAUCCACGCAGGCUUAUGAACCCGGGAUGACCCCCAGCCAUCCGUCUGGGCCCGAAGCCCGGAGCUCAUCAAGCCUGCUUGCCCUGUAGCCCGGGCAUUUUAAUAAAACAACUGUCCGACCUCAUCUAUCGGACUGUUAAAUGAAGGCUGACAGGUGGGAGCAGCCGCUUGAAGGUCCAACGAGACGGACAGAUGAUUGGAACAGAAAGUUUAAUUUGGUAAACAAGUGCGCUUUAAAAGGAAACAACCGGAACAAAUACAUCCCAAUUGACUGGAGUUGGGCUGAAUACUUAUUGGUAGGAUUAAGGGUGUUACCCAAAUCAAAGGAGCAAGAUUGCAACCUUGGUAAUCUUUCCAACUAUCUAAUAUUAAUCCUCUUAUCAAAACUAAGAUGAAUUGGUUAGACUGUGAGUCCAAUGGUGUGAAAGGAAUCUUUCGAAUGGAAGUAAUCUGUUGAAUGACUAACCAGGUUUCCAGUGAAUAAUGUGAACGAAAAUUCUCUGAGAGAAGUGUUUGUUUUUUCUCUGUGUUCCAGAACACCCCUGAAGGCUUAUCCCUGUGGCUCUGA